UAAAUGUCGCGAGGCUCGAACGAAGCCUCGUUUCUGGACUCGAUGGAACUACGUUGCACCGGAGAUUGAUGUGCACCGGCGGUAAGGAUUUAUGAAUGAAGAUACCGAAUGGCGGGGACGUGAAUGAAACACGGUCGAUCGAAUAAGCGUCGAUCGUUCGAGCAACGGAUGCUUAUUUUUCCGCCAAGUUACAUCAAACCGAAGGUACGCGUCGUACGACGUUCGAAUCGCGUUUAUUCCUCCGAUCGAUAACGCGAGUCCGCGAUCGUGGUUGCAGGCGAAGCGCUCGGACGUCGCAACGGAGAAAUGAGCCUCGUGUGACCGGUUGAAAAGAAGGGAAAAAAAAAAAAAAAAAGAAAAUCGACAACGAGAAUGCCCGAUAGCUCGGAUCAACUGUCGUCGCCGAAUAGCGAAUGCAACAGCCAGAUAGGUGUUAUGCACCGGAACACGUCCACGGGACAAUUUGACGAUUCGUCGAUGCCCGGGCUCGCGUUGACGCAUCAGACGCAUUCGCAAAAUCUAACGUCCGCCUCGAACGGUGGUGGCAGUCUUCAGUAUCCUCAAGAGUUGACCACUUGUAGUUCCGCGAAUACGUCCACCAAUAUAGGAAACAUCGGUGGACUUUCUCUGGGAAUUACGGCCAGUAACUAUACACCGGACCAGAUAUCUUGUAUGUGCAAGGCGUUAUCGCAGAGGCAGGAUAUUGAGAAGCUCACGAGGCUCCUAUGGUCGUUGCCGCCUGGCGAGUUGUUCCGCCGCGACGAGAACGUGCUGAUAGCAAGAGCCACGGUGGCUUUUCAUCGGGGCGCUUACCACGAGCUCUACUCGAUCCUGGAGAGCCAUCCGUUCUCCUCGGAUCGGCACCCGGAACUACAGCAGAUGUGGUACAAGUCGCAUUAUCGCGAGGCGGAAAAGAUCCGGGGGCGGCCGCUUGGCCCGGUUGACAAAUAUCGGCUACGGAAAAAGUAUCCAUUGCCAAAGACGAUUUGGGACGGCGAGGAGGUGGUGUACUGCUUCAAGGAACGUUCGAGAAACGCGCUGAAACAAUGCUACAUGAGGACAAAGUAUCCACUCUCCGAAGAGAAGAAGAAUUUGGCGAAGGAGACCGGCCUGACCUUGACUCAGGUGGCUAAUUGGUUCAAAAAUCGACGGCAGAGGGAUCGCACGCCGCAAACGAGAACAGACAUGUUACCGUUGAACUGCCAGAAUAACGCGAGCAACGUGAUCACCGGCUCGGUUACCAAUGGGGAGAGCAUUCAAUCUUUGCAGAGCAUCGAUUCGAACGGCACGAAUCUCGCAAUGUCGCCGCUCUCGACGAUGAGCAUGUCACCGGUUGCCGUGAAUCCGUGUAGCCCGAUGGGUAUGAGCCCCAUGGCUUCUCGUCAUCCGAGAUACGCGACACCCGUAGCCCCAUCCUCCGUGCACACCACGCAUCCCCACAGCGGCAGCCUUAGCCCUAUGAACGAUGUUAAAGCCUUGUGCUACGGCCGCGGGGUUUGCGAGACCGGUAAAGACACGGACCAGACUUCCGUCUAUUAUUCUACCCAUUCGAGCAUGCAUCAUCAGUAUUACCAGCAAACGCAUCAUCAGAUGAUGUCCACUGCUCAUCAUUAUCAACAUCAUCAACAGAGUAUGCCAACCGGAUAUGAAAUUGCGCUUCCGCCACCUCAACACUCGACGUGACCAACCGAUUACGAGACCGAUAGAAAUGAUGCGGUUCAUCCAGUUCAAACGGAAGAUGUAUUUUCGCGUGUUCAUGCGUUUGCUUGACUUGCAGUAUUCGACCGGUGUUGCGUCUCCGAUCUAAACAAUUUAUCUUAUCAUUAUCGAUUCAUUGUGUUUUUCACGCAACGUUUCUUUCUAAUUUUUUUUCUAUAUAUAUAUAUAUACAGACAUUACUUGUUCGCUUUUGCGAAAUCGCAAAAAAAAAAAAAAAGAAAAAAGGGAUUAAACGUUUGCGCGACGACAACCAUCGAUCGUACGUUUUCUAGCCAAUGGAGGAACAAGAUUGUUCAUAAAAGAUCUGGGAGGAGCCUAUCCUUGAAGGAGAGAACUGGUUUAACAUGCGUACUCUUUGCAAAGGUGUUCGCAAUGGAGUCCGUCAGCUGCUCUCUCUUUCUUCUAUAAGCUACUGAGAAACGAUCGUAUAAAGAAUGAAUGUCACAAAUUGAUAUCUUAUUUCUGAACCAUUAUUUUUUUUUUUCUCUUUUCGCAUAGAUUUUGUUCGAAUGAAAUUUCUUUUUUUUAUUCUCGAACGAAAACGAUCAACUUGCAAUAGAAUUUGCAAUACUCAAUAAUCUUUUUUUUCUAAUUCAUUCGAAAACAAUUGAUCGAUGAAUUUAUUAUCCUUUACCUAGCCUUUUCGAAUGUUUGGACAUGAAAAAUAAAUUAUUUCUUCGUAUUCGUUUCAAGUAUGCGCGUCUACGUAUUUGUGGAUGAACGUAUGUAUGUGAGUAUGCAUGUAUGUAUGCAUGUAUGUAUAUAUGUAUGUACGUAUGUAUGUAUGUAUGUAUAUAUAUAUAUAUAUAUAUGUAUAUAUAUAUAUGUAUAUAUAUGUAUAUACAUACAUAUAAGUAUCAUAAUGUUAAAUUUCUGGUGUAAAAUAUAUUUUUGACUGUAGAAUUGAACAUAUGAAUAAGUAAAGUAUACUGUUGAUAAUCUGAUCUCGCAUUUUCAAACAUAACGAACGAUCUCUUGCAAACGAUUCCUGCUUUGAUAAUUAUUGUACAAUUAUAUGCGAGACGCGUAUUUAGAUAUAUAAAAGUAAAUCAUAUUUCGAUUCUUCUGUUACGUCAAAUUUUCAUAUUUCUCUCCUCACAUUGUUUGCGUUUCCUGCUUGUAUUUCAUCAAUAAUUGAUAUAUUUUAGUUUAGUUCUCGAACACAUAAACAUGGAGAUAUAAUUAAACCUCACGAAGUAUUAUUAAUUCAAAUGAUAGAUCAAGGCGGGUUUAAAUUUUAGCAACUGUUAUUACCGGGAAAAAUAACUUUUUUACGAUUUUAUCAUUAGAAAGCUAAAUUAUCGAUCAUAGGUAAUGCACCGUUUGUGUCCUCUUUUACCCUGCGAAACUAAAUUCGUACUGCACAUGUUUUCCCGCCAUUUUGUCUCCUAUGUGUUUUAACAAUUUGAAGAUUCACGUCAAAUGUACGCGAUGAAUAUAACGAACGAAUGAAAUUGUUCGAAAUAAUGUAAAAAAUAAUUUUUAAAGAAUAAUUGAAUAAUUGAUGGGGAAAAAAUAGGGAAAAAAAUGUCAAAUUCAAAUUGAACGGAAGUUUCAUCCAUUAGCUUCAUGAUUUAGCGUUAAAACGAUGUCAAAUACAUGUUUAGAUAAUAUAUUGAUUACAAUACAUAUGAUACAACGUAUAAAACAUUCGACAUUAUUCGAUUUAUGCUUUGCUUGGUGUCAAAAACGUAUCAAAACAAAAGAUGCACUUGUCUCGAAAUCUUACCGCUUUGUAGUCGUAAGAUGAUCGAAUGAGUAGUAAAGUGGAAUAAAUCAUCUGUUAAUAUCGAAUAACGCAAACACGAGUGCAAUAGGAGACGCCAUUGAUCGAUUUUGAAAUCGAUGAAGCGACGAUUGAGUGCAAUCAAAGAUAACGAUAAUUAAUUUCAAUGAUGUAGAAAAAGUAUGGUUCGAGAACUUACGAUUUGUUACUAUGAUCAUAUCAUUAAAAGAAAAAGAUAAAAACUAUUAGAGAAUGAACAAAAUAUAUUAAAUCGAAAUGGAAAACGUGUAAAAUGACAUUUUACUUAGUUGCGCGCCACUUACAAACUGAUGAUAAGAGAUACCUUCUUAAUUAAUUCACUGAUACACAUCACCGCCAUCUACAGAGAAUUUCGAAUAUUUUAAAUAUUGCGUUUAUAUAUCCCAUUUAUCAUUUAAUUUUAAAUUUUAUUUUAAAUUCACGAUUAUUCAAAUUUAAAUUUACAUUUAAAAUUUAAUGAUAUUUGUUUGUAACAAUAAUGAACUGAAAAUUAUAAACGAAUGAAUAUGAUAAAUGAAAGAAUAGAUAUGUCUUUUCAAUACAUAGAUGUCGCAGGAUUAUUCAGUUUUAUGAAUUAACGAAUAGGGAUAAUGAAUGAGAUGCAGAAUAGGCUUAUCAAUCAACGCAUUUAUAUUCCACGUCUUUGGAAAGCUUGAAUGCUAUGAGUUAUAAAAUGUGGAUGUGACAUUUUAUGAAAUUUGAUUCCAUAUAUUCUGAAAUAUCGACUUUCAAAA